CUUAAAAAAAAAAAAAACAGAGAGUAGGGCAGUGCAUAGCUGUGCACAUCAUGCUAGUACAGAUUACGCAUUUAGAUAAGUAGCACACCGAACAGUAAUAUAACAGAUAUUUAAAUGUGUUCGUUCGUCUUUGUUACUUGUUAUUCGAACAUAAAAGCGGGCAGCGCGCUCUACCGCCCAUCGCGUCCCGGGGGUUUGAUGAUCACGAGAUCUGACGCUGCUGACGAAAACUUUCUACCUGCGAUUCAUUAAAGAAACGACACCGACUCGACAUGAUGCUUUGAUUAUACACAUAAGACCCAGGACCUCCUGCAUCCACAAUCUCUUCUAGUUUUGUUUUCAUGUGUUUUGAGGUAGUUUCUCAUUGAAAGCGGAAGUCAGAUAAAACGUUACCGCUUUUAGACUACUGCAGUCGCCGCUGUUUAUCACAAGGACAGGUUCCUGUUUUUGGGCCAUGGCGAACGAACACUCCCCUCUUCUUAUUCAUGGGGUGUACAGCGUGUUGGGAGAUGCUGAAGAUUCCAAGGGUGGAUCGACGGCGACAGGAGAGGCAUCCCCCAAAUCAAACCCCCGCAAACUCAACACCUUCUUUGGAGUAAUGGUGCCCACCAUUCUCUCCAUGUUUAGUAUUGUGCUGUUUCUUCGCACGGGGUUUGUCGUAGGUCAUGCUGGUCUUCUCCAUGGUCUCCUCAUGUUGUUUGUGGCCUACUUUAUCAUCUCCUUGACAAUCUUGUCCAUAUGUGCUAUUUCCACUAAUGGUGCAGUGGAAGGGGGCGGAGCCUAUUUCAUGAUCAGUCGUUCUCUUGGACCUGAGUUUGGAGGCAGUAUUGGCCUAAUGUUCUACCUGGCUAAGGUGUGCGCGUGUGGGGUUUAUGUACUCGGCCUGGUGGAGGCCAUUGUUGACGUUUUUGGAAGGGAUCCAGGCUCCACUGUGUCACAUGGGCUGCGUGUGUUGCCUCAGGGUUACUGGUACACGGUGUUGUACGCCUCUAUAGUGCUGUUGCUGUGUCUGGUGAUCUGUCUGGUCGGUGCUCACAUCUACGCCAAAGCCUCUUUUGCCAUUUUGCUUGUGGUGACCGUAUCACUGAUUUCCAUCAUCAUCAGCCCUAUGAUACGCGGACCACAGCGUUUUAACAUCACACACACGUAUAGCAAUAAUCUCACCAUCACUGUUAACCCCAGCUACACGGGCUUCAACGGCUCUACAUUAAAGAACAACCUUGGACCGGGAUACUCUUUGGACUACAGUACCAACACAAUGAUGUCUUUUGCUACUGUAUUUGCUGUGAUGUUCACCAGCUGCACAGGCAUCAUGGCAGGAGCCAACAUGUCGGGUGAGCUGAAGAACCCAAGUGAUUCUAUACCUAAAGGGACCAUCAUGGCUGUGUCGUACACCUUCAGUGUCUAUUUGCUCCUCUUCUUUCUUUUGAGUUCCACUUGUGACAGGUUAUUGUUAGUUAAUGAUUAUGCAGUGCUUCAGCGUGUAAAUGUAUGGCCUCCAUUUGUGACAAUUGGGGUCUACUGUGCAUCUCUGUCUGCUGCCAUGUGCUCUUUGAUAGGAGCCUCUCGAAUCCUCCAUGCUCUUGCUCUGGACCAGCUUUUUGGUUUGCCUUUGGCUCCAGCUGCAAUCACCUCCAGCUCCGGGAACCCUUGGGUGUCUGUGCUUUAUACAUGGGGCCUGGUGCAGUGUACUCUCUUUGCAGGACAGCUGAAUGUGAUUGCUGGCAUUGUGACAGUGUUUUACCUGUUGGCAUAUGCUGCAGUCGAUUUGGCUUGCUUGGCUCUCGAAUGGGCCUCUGCUCCAAACUUCAGGCCAACAUUUCAGUUAUUCUCCUGGCACACAUGCUUGUUGGGAAUUGUAAGCUGUGUGGUUAUGAUGUUUGUGAUCAAUCCAGUCUAUUCCUCAGCCAGCAUCGUACUGCUGCUACUCCUUUUGCUCUUCCUGCACUACCGCUCUCCCACCAGUAGCUGGGGCUACAUCAGCCAAGCACUCAUUUUUCACCAGGUGAGGAAGUAUCUUCUAAUGUUAGACUCCCGAAAAGAUCACGUGAAGUUCUGGCGACCACAGGUCUUACUGAUGGUGGCCAAUCCUCGAUCCUCCUGUCAGCUCAUCUGCUUUGUCAACCAGCUGAAAAAAGGAGGAUUGUUUGUUCUGGGCCAUGUUCAGAUUGGAGAUCUGGAUAUGUUGCCGGCAGACCCAGUACAGCCGCAAUAUAAUUUCUGGCUGAGUCUGGUGGAUAAAUUAGGUGUGAAGGCCUUUGUGGAUCUAACUCUCUCACCAUCUGUAAGGCAGGGCACUCAGCACCUUCUCCGCAUCACUGGGUUGGGAGGUAUGAAGCCCAAUACCCUGAUCUUGGGUUUCUAUGACAACAGUUAUCCAGAGGAUUACUUCCUACAGGACCCCGUCUUUUGCGAGGGAGAUCGGUGUGAGGGGGAUGAUUUUGGGGUGGACCUCCCAUCCUUACAGGCUUAUUUUUCACCAGUGCGGCAUGCCGAGAGCCCUCGGUCCCUGCAGCCCGAGGAGUACGUGAGCAUCAUCUGCGACGCCAUGAAAAUGGGCAAGAAUGUGUGUUUAGCACGGUACUUCUACCAGCUGCCGCCUGAAAGCAAAGGCAAAACAUCUAAAAGAGGAGGUGACAGUGUGGGAACCAUCGACGUGUGGCCGUCAAAUCUGCUCUGCCCAGGCAGUGCCAGUUAUGCGGAUGUGUGCAGUCUUUUCCUGCUCCAGAUGGCGUGCGUGUUAAACAUGGCCGCCUGGUGGCGCCGUGCAAGGUUACGUAUAUUCCUCUGCGUGGAGUCGGAGUCGGGUGACCAGGGUUGGCUGGCUAAAGAGGAACAGUUUAGAGAAUUGCUGGGAAAGCUGAGGAUUCGUGCUGCUAUUAAAAUCGUGACGUAUGAUAAUGCGUCAUGCCCCCCUAGGAGGGCAAACGUACGGAGGGAAAACGUGGAACCGAAACCUGUAUCUGAAGACGUCCUGCGUGCGGUGAAUGCCCUGCUGAGAGAGCACAGUUCUACAGCAGCAGUGCGCUUCCUGUAUUUGCCCCACCCUCCUUCCAGUUCUGACCAAUCACAGGAGUACCUGACACAACUGGACACUCUUACGCAAGAACUGGGCCCAACACUUUUGAUUCACGGGGUGACGCCCGUUACGUGUACUGAGCUAUGAGAACUACGUUUAUAAGAGGAAAAGAUAAACAUUAGGAAUAUUAGUGAGCUGAAUGCAAAUGUGUUUGAUUCCUAAUGUUAUUUUAAAACUCCUUGUCAAAUGAAACGAAUAAUACAAAAGAAUAUAAAUUAAAUUGGAUUAUUAUACAAUAUAUAAUGUUACUGACUAUGACCUUGUAACAGGUGUGUUUCAGUAAGGUUUGAUUUCUUCUCUAUAUGCCUCUGUUUGCUUUUUAACAGCAGGAUGGAUGGGUGAUCAUGUAAAGGGUUUUCAUUUAUACAUUUCUAAUAGAAUCACACAGCACCCGUAACCGUUAAAUGUUUUCUUUGAUCCACUUUUGUGUGUUUGUGCCUGGCAUAUAGACACAGUAUUGACCUAAUUGCCUUAAAAGUGAUUUAUUGUUGUCUCAUCAAAAUGUUGUGCUGACUAUAUUGGGAAGGUUGGUCAUAAUUUUCUUAAAAAAACGAUUAAAUUAAAUUAACAUAAAAAUGUCAUAAAACAGACCAUCUGAACUCACUGUGACCCGGUUAAGGCUCGUGGGCCAGUUGGGAAGUUUUGUGUCAUCAAUGUUAAUGAGCGCUUGUAUUACACUGAGCAUCUGAAGUUUAUUUACCGUCUUUAUGGAAGCUUUAUACGUGUUAUUUAUUAUUAUCUUUUCUGUAUAUAUGAGAAAAUUACAAGGAGAAAGAUUUAAAUCAAGGGUCCAUUUUUAUUGUUUGGUGUCAAUGUAAACACAAAUCAGGACAAGUUCAGUUCACCCAAAAAUAAAAAUUCUAUCAACUCACGGUCAUGUUGUUACAAACCUGUAUACAUUUUUUUGUUUUGAUGAACACGAAUAUAUAUUUUGUGAAAUGUUUGUAAGCAAGCCGAUCAGACUUCCUUCUUUUUCCUAUUAUGGAAGUCAAUGGGACAUCUGAUCGGUUUGGCGACAAACAUUUCUCAAAAUAUCUUCCUUUGUGUUCAUCAGAACAAAUACAUUCAUACAGGUUUGUAACAACAUGAAAGUGAGUAAAUGAUAACAGAAUUUUUAUUUUUGGCUGAACUAUCCCUUUAAUAAUGUAACAUACAUUUGCUGAUUUAAUUUUCUCUUACUAGUAAAAGCAGUUUAUGCUUGUGGUUGCUUUUACUUAACUGAAUGAAAAGCCCUAAAAUUCAUGAAGCUAAAUCAGAUUGGCCAUGGCGUAGCAUGAAAAUGAACAUAGAAGUGCCUCUUUCUACUGUGUCUUUGUUGGCCUUUGUCAAUUUUAAAGGGACAUCAGCUUAAUAAUAAUUAUAAUACUUGAAUAUCUUGCUCCUAGACAAUGUAUGUGUACAGCACGUGUGUGUAUUUGUUAAAAAACGACCAAAGUCUAAAGCUGAAGCCCAAGAAUGUCAAGCCUUUGUGAGGUUUUUGUAUUGUAUCAUAUUACUGUAAAGUAAUGGGUGUCUUAUAUUGAAUGAUACUACUAGCAAUUCCGUUCUGAUUGUUUAUUUACACUGCUAUGAAUUGCUGUAUGUACAAAAUGUAAAAUCAAAGAUUGUUUGUAUUAAUAUACUUAAAGCUAUUGUUACCAUAUACAAUACAGGAUAAUAAACUGAACAGUAAGCAUUAUAAAAACAGCAAAGUAACAAAGUUAAAAUAUUACUGUCUAAGGAUUAUUUGCAUAUAUCCACUUGCUUGUUCCUAGCUAUGCAUUAUGCAUAGGAAAAACGUAUGCCUAGGAUUUCCUAUUGUUUGUUAGAGCUUUGAAACAACUGUACUCUUGUGUCUGUGUGUUUUAUUUCUCCCGGUAUCCCACUUCUCUAAAU